AAAUUAUAUAAUUAAUUUUGUUCGUUAAGUUUAAGCAUGAAGCUUAUACAUUUAUACGCAGUCAAGAUAAGCCCGUUAAAUAUUACCACCAAGAGUAUGAACUAAACCGCUAAGAGGCCGUCACAACUUCGCUAACGGCUUAUUUCAACAACAGUAAAGGCAAGUUACCUUAACCACUUUUGCAACUUCUGCAACCGAAAAGGAUUCCAUCAACAUCACUCAUUAUGGAACGAGUAUUUUUGGGGUACCCAAAGAAGAAGUGGGAAAAAUGGUAAACGAAUGGACGAUUGAUUCUAAUAUUAACCCAGAAGAAGUAGGGGGAUAUUUAGAAGGUGAUAUCUUGGUUCCAACGAAAGGUAGAAAUGGACUUGUUGCGUUUAGUGCUAAAUGGGAAGGAUCCGUGGUUCCAUAUGUAAUUGAGGGACCUUAUACUAUGAAAGAUGAAGAAAUGAUUCAAAAUGCAAUAAAGCAAUAUCACGAUAAUACUUGCAUAAGAUUUAGAAGAAAACAACCCGAUGAUACUGAUUACAUUCGUAUAAUCAACACAAAAACUGGAUGUUGGUCUAGCGUGGGUCGUAUUGGAGGUGCUCAAGAAGUCAAUUUACAAAGUCCAGGUUGCUUAUCAACCGUUGGAACUCCAAUUCACGAACUUAUGCACGCCUUGGGUUUUCAUCAUGAACACACGAGAUAUGAAAGAGACGAUUUCGUUAAAAUUAUGUGGAAUAACAUAGGGAAAGGUCACGAAAAUAAUUUCCAAAAAGUUCCAAAAGAUACAACGAGCGGAUUUGGAGUCGAUUAUGAUUAUGAAUCGGUUAUGCAUUACUCAGCUUAUGCGUUCAGCAUUAAUCAAAAACCAACCAUUGUUACCAAUAAACCUAAGGCUCAAAUUGGACAAAGAAAAGGAUUCAGCGUUGGAGAUAUUAGAAAAAUAAGAUCUAUGUAUAAUUGUACCGUUUAA